AUGUGGUGGCUGUUCUGCCAUUUAAGAUUCGUCCUUUUCGCUUCUACCAUGGAGUUUGUCGCAGCUAACGAUCAAUGUAGGACAGAAAUAAACAUACAAGGAAUGGCUCUCGAGGGUCAUGUCUUCAAAACGUGGUCACUGGCGGCUCCUCACCUUUGCGAUGUCAAAUGUGGACAAGAGAUCACGUGCCAAAGCUAUAACUACAAUCGAAAAUAUCACAUAUGUGAACUAAAUAACCGCACCAAGGAGGCGAGACCAGAGAAUUUCCUUUCAGCACUCGCUUGGUUUUACAUCCGGCGAUUGAACGGCAGAGGUAAAAAAUCAAAUGUCUCUCUAUCUAUGUGAUUUCUAUUUCUUUAAAUCAUCUCCAUCCUCAUCCUGGUUCCUUCUCACCUGGAAGAGCUAAGAAUAGGAAGUGAAUGUAAAACAUAUCUUUACUGCAGCUCCCUUAGGUUCUAUCCCUGAAUUACCGGCGCUGUCUUGUCACGAAAUAAAGGCGAGUGAAGGUAAACACACCAUAAGCGGCAAGUACUGGUUAGAUCCAACAAGGAAAGGAAAGGCGAAACUGAUUUACUGUGAUAUGGUCAACGAAGGUAGGUCCUAUAACUUUGCUUGAGUUAUUUUAUCUUGUGGCGAGUUAUCAGUAUCAUGAAAUUAUUAUAAAUUAUACUAUUAUUGAUAUCAUUAUCGUAAUAUUUGGUUUGGAUCAGUUCUAGCGUGGAUGCCUCUCUCAAGUUGCUCUAACUUAGUCACCGCCUCUCUUUCUACAUUCUAGAUAUGGAUGAAUGUAAAUUUAACAUCAGUGACUGCGACGUGAAUGCAAACUGUACUAACACGUUUGGUUCUUACAAAUGCACAUGUAAAGUGGGAUACAUCGGCGAUGGACGCUCGUGUUCAGGUAGUUUUAAUAUUUCCAUAUAUAACUAGUUUUUGUUAAUCGUCUCAUAAUUUUAUGCAGCGUUAUCCAUGCAUGUUUAUGCAAAGAGUUACCACGAUCUACAUAUUUUGUUACACAUUUUGUAAUGAUAAGAGUAAUUACAUGACUAUGGGUCAUAAAAAUGAUAAAGUGCAAAAUUUAUCGAUAGUUUCUCAGAUAUUUACGAGUGUUAAGGAAAUCACUCUUGUCACGUGAAUAUUACAUGCACGAACACCAAAGGAUCGCAUGUUUGUACUUGUCACCACGGAUAUACUGAAAAUGGAAGCGACUGCACAGGUACAUAAUGCUUUUCCUUUGGAAUCAUUCCCAUUAGAAAGAAAAGCACUAUCAUCUUUGCAAGAGUUGUUUUACCAGCAUACCUUGUAUAAGAAGAGAUGAGUGUAGGCCUGAAGACAAUGGCGAUAAUGACACCAUUGUAUUCAAUAAACAUUCAAUGGUAAAACAAUCUCAACUGGCAAAGGAGACUUGAUGGAUAGGCUUACAGGACAGAACAACGGAUUUGAACUUGGGGAAACCAAGAAGAAAUCUGGUAAGUGGUAACGUGAAGUGCUCACGUCUAGAACCACAGGACAAAGACUUCUCAGCUUAUGCCCCGCAACUUUUCUCCAAUUGCAUUUUUUUUUAUGUUUAUGAUUUUUCAGAUAUUGACGAGUGUAAAGGAAAUCACUCUUGUCACGUGAACGCUGCAUGCAUGAACACCCUUGGAUCACAUGUAUGUCAAUGUCAUGCUGGAUAUACUGGAAAUGGAGAAAACUGCACAGGUAAAUUUAAUCUCUUCUCUACAAUAUGUAGAAUAGUCCUGCAUCACACGUUCGACUACAGUGCUGCACCAUCCAGUUGCGUUGCAAGACAAUUAGACAAUUUAUCACUAAGAAACUCGGUCAUUUUGUCCUCACGUGUUCACCUCCUCGAGUGUUCAAGUCGCUAUCUUAUGAGAAUAUAAACAGUUGUAAUCUCUUGGUAUCGAGUUGAACAAGAAAAGAAAAGUUACAUGACCGCAAGCAACCAUGUACUAUUUUGAUUAUCAUAUAAACACAAUAGGCCUUUACUGAGAAUGAAAGGUGACUUUUUUAAAGAAUGAUAUGAUUGGUUUCACAAUCCGCGAAAAAAAAUCGUAAAGCGCGUCGGCGAUAAGGGUCAAGAUGAAAAAAUGCGUUGAACCAUUACAGAAACAGACAAAGGGCGUAACCUUCUUUUCAUAAAAUUCUUAGUUGAUUUUUUCCUUACCGAAAGAAAAAUAUUUUCAUGUAAAAGGCAAAAAUAGGCCUUUAGUAAGAAAAAAAUAGAAUUUUUUAUAGAAUGAAAUUAGAAGUUUCACAUUCCGCGAAAAAAAAGUCUACCAAGGAAGGCUUGCAAGGCUAAUCUUUGACGAUUGAUAUCCGACUACAGUUUGGAACGGUGUCUAGAGAGAGAUUCCACUGCAGUGGAAGUUUUUGUUUAGUCUAAAUUUAUAAUUAAUUUGUUACAAUGAUAAAUAACUUAAUGCUCUUUCACCUCAUAAAAGUUUAAAAAACGAAUGCAUAUCUCACUCGUGCAACCACUAACGUUGAAUAAUUUUUCUUUUCUUUCCCAUUUUUUUAGAUAUUGAUGAAUGCCAAAAAAAUACUCACAAUUGUCACCUGAACGCUACUUGUCAAAACACAAAUGGAUCCUUUGUGUGCACCUGUUUAUUUGGAUUUAACGGAGAUGGACGGAACUGCACAGGUAAAGGCCUUUAGAUUGUAAUUGCCUCGUUAUAACUUUAUUUGUUUGCUUGUGUUUUUAUUUUUAACUGUUUGUUUAUUUUGUACGUACCUUCUCUGUUUGUUUGUUUUGAUAAAGUUGUUACCCUUGCCUUAAUAUUUUUGACCAAAAAAAGAAAAUGAUCCCAAUUUAAAGCAAGAGGACGAAAUGCACUCAAUGCUCAAAAUAAGGAGGUUUAUACAUGUAUCAUACUCCAAGAAUCGUGAUUGAAAGCCUGUCAUUUCUCAGAUGUUGACGAAUGUGCAAGAAAUCUUUCUUGUCAUGUGAAUGCUAACUGUACCAACACAAUUGGAUCACAUGUAUGUACAUGCCACACUGGAUACACCGCAGACGGACAGACUUGCUCAGGUGAUUUUGAUAACUUUCCUUCAAUGUCAAGAAAAGUCCUUUAUGGCCGAAGAGAGGCAACCUCCAUUGCUGCUCUUUCUAUACAUACAAUCCCAGCUACUCAAAGCGGGAGGUAAUCUGAAACGUCUUUUUAGCUUAAAUUAUAAGGCCGGAAACAUUUAUCCUAAAAUUCAUCCCUCAUUAAAAAUUGUGGAUUGUUUUGUUUUGUCCCACAUCCUUUGAGAUUAGAUUUGCAGUAUUUUGGAUAGGCAUUCAUUAUAUCUUUAUUCACCAAAACAUUUUUCAUCAUAACAUCCAACUCUGGGUUGUGACGUGGUGCACUUGAUCCCCAUCAGACAUUGACGAGUGUUCACAGAUGAACAUCUGCGGUAAGAACGCCUCUUGCAGUAAUACCCAGGGCUCCUACAGUUGCGCCUGUAAUCCUAAAUACAUUGGGGAUGGUCUGACUUGUAAAGAUUAG